ACUGAGAAAGGUAUCGCAGCGUUUUCACCUCGUCUUCCAUGUUAAGACAUCGUCUUUACCUACUGGUGGUGGCUCUGAUUACGUCUAGUGUUCUCCCAAGAGUCCAGGGACAGAGGGCAGAGACCUACUGCUUCACAGAUGACCCUGACCCCUACGUCAGGUUCUCCACCAAGACUGCUUACACCUUGGUUAAUGGAGAGUUUACCCAUGAGGACCUUGUUCCAGAAGGGUGCGAGGCCCGGCAGGCGUGGCACCUGAUGAGGCAUGGCACCCGCUACCCAUCGGAGAAUGACAUCAUUGUCUUCACUGUCCUCCUACCCACUCUCCAGGAUGGCAUCCUCCUCGCUCACCAGGAUGGUCUAGGAGAGUUGUGUGAGGGAGACUUGAAGCUGCUGGCGGACUGGUCGCUGGGAGAUCUCAACGUGAGCUGGGCUAACGUGCUCACAUCUCAGGGACACCUAGACUUAGAAGGCCUCGCCACCAGGUACAAAGAAGCCAUCCCGCUCCUCCUAGAUCAACCUUUCACAAACGAAUCGUUCAAGUUCCGACACACUGCCACUCAGAGGACGGAGGCCAGCGCGAGGUCCUAUGCUCAGGGACUCUUCGGCAGUGACGUGUACAUGCCCCCUCCCAUCGACCCAGAUCCUCUCCUCAAAUAUUACGAGGUGUGCACCAGCUACCAGACGCAAGUAGCGGACAAUCCGGAGGCAACGAUAGAGAGUCAACUGUAUCUGGAGGGAGAAAAGAUGGCUGCCGUUGCUACUAACGUCUCCCGACGCCUCGGCAUUCCUCUCGGCCUCGAGGAGUUGGAGGUGUUGUAUGAUGCUUGUCGCUUCUACAAAGCCUGGGACCCUCUAGCACCUGCGGCCUGGUGCGUGGCGCUCACUCCUGACGACCUCAAGGUGCUGGAGUACUGGCAAGACAUCAGUUACUACUACACCAACGGCUAUGGUCACGCCAUUAACUACGAGAUGGCGUGUCCUCCCAUACAAGACCUCAUUGAGCACUUCAGCGCCGUGGUGGAGGGGCGGGGAGGUCCCAGCGGGGUCUUCUACUUCACACACAGUGAUGCUGUGGUUCCUGUGAUGACCCGCCUGGGACUGUAUAAAGACUCCGCCCCUCUCACUCAUGACCAAGAGAACCCUGACCGUCUCUGGCGCACCUCUUCACACGGCAUCUUUGCCACAAACCUGGCCUUCACCCUCUCCUCCUGCGGCGCCGACGGGUGGUGGGUGAGCCUUGCGAUGAGCGAGCAUUUGGUGGCACUAGAUGGGUGUGCCAGCCACUUGGGGUGUACGUGGGAAGAGUUCAUCGCCACCUACGGUUACCUGCAACAGUGUGAUCUGGAUGCCAUAUGUAACAACACACGUACUGGAAGGAGCUCCUCCGCAGCCAGUGGAGGUCCAGAGCUGGCGUGGGUCGAGGGCGUGCUCCACGCCAUCACUAAAUGGACAUCAAAACUCUUCACCUAGAACGCGUGUACGGUAAACUUUUUCACCUAGACCCUACAAUACAUAAAUACCAGACCUCUUCACUUACAAAGCUAGAAUACCUGGACUAAAAAAAAUCUUUAACUGGAAUACUUUCCCAUUAAACUAGCUAAUAGUUUAAUGGGAUCUGAAGUCAUGAUCACCUAGGAGACCAAGGCUUCAGAUCCCAUAGACCGCCUCGUCAACACUCCUCUUCGCUCACAUCCACAUCUUUCUGAAGUCACGAAAUCUUUGUAUUGAAAAAACCCGGGAACCUUGACCAAAACGUUGAAUUUUAUAGAAUUAACAAAUGAUAAUAAAAUACAACUUACGCAACUUUACGUACAAAAUGUUUGCAUACAGUCAUAAGAAUUUUACAAAAAUAAUAUAUAUCUUUGGAAAUUUACAAGAAAAAGAACAGGUAAUCUACUCUAAAUAUCCUUCUAAUAAAAUAAGUAUAAAAAUACGUGUUUUUGGAAAAAUUAAAAAUGUUCCACUUAAAUUACUUAAAAUCGAGUAAUUUUACAGUUACUGGUAAGAUUAUUUUAGUAGUUAAAGAAAUAAAAGUUCAAUGGCU